AUGAGCACAGUCUAUGGUCUGUCUGUGCCUUCCAACCAGGAGCUGCUCCGGGGGCUGCUGGGACGUCCUCGCUCGGGCCCCAGAGCGCCCCAGAAGACGGCCGAUUACCUUCUUCGCCGGCUGGAGGAGGGGUCCGUGAGCGUGGAAAGGAGCGAGGCCAUCUUCCACUGCCUGAGCGAGCUGAAGGAGCGCCGCCUGGUGGAGCAGAUGCAGCACGUCCUGACAUCGGGACGUCCCGUUGGGGAAGGGAUGUCCCAGAGCCAGUGGGCCGCUCUGGUCUUCCUCCUGCUCACGUCCCAUCGCCAGGACGUGUUUGAGCUGAAGAAGCUGGCCGGUUGUUAUCUGACUCAGGACGGGUGCUUGUCCCUGGUCUCCGCACUGACCUCUGUCCAGAACCAGCUGUCCCUGUUGGACCUGAGCAGAAACCACCCUGGAGCCUCUGCAGUGCUGCAGCUGAGUGGCCUCCAGGGGGCGCCCCACUCCCCUCUGCAAACUCUCAUACUGAGGCCAGCGGGCGCCCAGUGGCUGAGACCGAAGAUCCGCUACUUCACUCGGCUCACCAUGGACCCCGACACGGCUUACCGGCACCUGCGGCUGUCCCGGGACCUGACCCAGGCACUCCACGUUCAGCAAGACCACGACUACGCCGACGGCAACGCCCGCUUUGACAAAUGCCCCCAGCUUUUGUGCGCACAGGAGCUAUACGAGCGCUCCUACUGGGAACUGGAGUGGACCGGGAAAGUGACCGUGGGCCUCUGCUACCCCAGCCUGACGCGCAAGGGUAAUACCUCCGUUUGCGGCUUCGGCACGGGGCCCGACUCCUGGGGACUGACCUGCACCCAGGGAGGGUUCGCGGUCACGCACCAGGGAAAGCACACGCUCCUGGGGUUCUCGGCCUCGUCCCGGGGCAGAGUAGCGGUCUUCGUGGACGUCCCGGCGGGGCUGCUGGAGUUCUAUGCCGUGACUCAGGACCAGGACGAGCCGGUUCUAUUGCACACGUUCAGGGCGGACUUUGCACAACCCCUAGUGCCCGGGCUCCAGCUGCUGUUCGGAUCCUCGGUCAAACUGUGCGACCUGGAGCAAGAGGAGCCCGACUACCUGCAGGGCCUGUAG